AUGUCCAAGUUCACAAAUAUCGCCAUGAUCGGAUGCGGAAGCAUGGGCGGUGGAAUGGCCCUGCUUUUCGCUGAGGACGGUGUCAAUGUUUCGCUUUCAGACCCUUCAGAGCAGGCAAUGGAUGCAGUCAUUGAGAAGGCUGAGAAGCAAGGCUACAACGGAAAAGUUAAGAAGUUCAAUGACUACGAUUCCCUCUGCAAAUCACUCUCCACACCACGCUUACUCGUCUUCUCUCUCCCACAUGGCGGCGUUGGCGACAAAGUCCUUGAAGGUCUGGAGCCACAUCUCUCCCGCGACGACAUCAUCCUAGACUGCGGAAACGAACACUUCCAGAACACCGAGCGGCGACAGGAGAAAUGCAAAGGCACUGGCAUCCGUUACAUUGGCUGCGGUGUCAGUGGUGGAUACCAGGCAGCGAGAGCCGGACCUUCCAUGUGUCCUGGCGGCGACAUCUCUGCGCUCAAAGAAGUCCUUCCGUUGCUGGAGAAGGUCGCAGCCAAAGACAAGGACGAGAAACCUUGCGUGGGUGUCAUCGGCAAGGGUGGAGCAGGACAUUACGUGAAGAUGAUGCACAACGGUAUCGAGCAUGGCAUGAUGAGCGCUAUCUGUGAGGCCUGGGGCAUCAUGCGAAAGAUGGGUAUGGGGUACGAGGAGAUUGGCGAUGUUCUCUCUCAAUGGAACUCAGACGGCGAGCUGCGCGGCACUUUCCUCGUUUCCAUUGGCGCAGAUCUAUCCCACAAACGCGACUCAAGCGAUAAGCCCAACCAAGCAAACCAGAAAGAUACCCAAUUACCUCCUCUUGUCAUUUCGGAAGUCCUCGACAAGGUGGUCCAGGAUGUCACUGGCGAGGAGGGUACUGGUGUCUGGAGCAACACUGAAGCUAUCGAGCGUCACGUCCCAGCCUUCACUCUCAACAUAUCUCACGCCUUCCGUCUCGCAUCUGCCUUCCGCGGUGACCGUGAGCAAGCUAGCAAAGCUGCCGACGGAGGCUUCCCUCCUAGUCAACUGGACAUCACGGACAAGAAGGCUUUCCUCGAAGAUCUCAGAAAGGCAACAUAUGCAGCAUGCCUCGCCAGCUACAUCCAAGGCAUGAAUGUCAUCGCGAAAGCAGACCAGGAGAACAAAUGGGAAAUUGACUACUCGCAAGUUUGGCAGAUCUGGCGCGGAGGAUGUAUCAUCCAAGCAGACUACAUCUCCGAUGAGAUUCUCGCGCCGAUCCUCAAAUCCAAUCCAUCUCCAGAAAACCUCAACCUAAACUUCUCAACUCGCGUAGCCAAAGACGUCAAGAACUGCUUCCCUGCACUUCGUCGCAUAGUCGCCAAGGCUGUGGAAACCGACCAAGUCGUACCUGCCAUCAGUGCUACCCUGGAGUACUUCAAGGUCGCUAGCGGUACCGACCUGCCCACGUCGUUCUACGAAGCUGAGCUUGACUACUUUGGUAGCCACAUGUUCGACAAGAAGGGUGAUACAGACGCGAACGUCAAGAAGCCAAUGGAGGGCAAGCACCACUUUGAGUGGAAGCCCGCAACGAGCCAAAAAGAGGUAUAUGGCAAGAAUUACAAGAUCUGA